UCUAUCUUGAGACUAGAUUGCCGAGUCUAGCUUAUGCUAUGCAUAUAGUCAGUUUUUAUUAGAAUAAAGUCUAGAUAUUACUAAAGACUUAUGUUUAUUAAUUAUUAGAUAUAGACAUAGGGCAUAGAUCUAAUAAUACUGUAAUACAUUUACUAUACUCUAUACUUAAUCUAUUACACUAGAGAUCUAGGCCUAUCUAUAGAUCUAUCUAUAAUGUAGUCAAUCUAGAUCUAUACAAUAUUCAUUAUAAUACUUCUACUUAUUUAGAAAGUUAAUACUUAGACUUAGAUCAAUUAUAGUUUAUUAAUAGAUUUACUUUUCAAUGCCUAGACCUAAUAAUAAAAUUGCUAAUGAUAUGUCUAAUGACAUUAUUUUUAUUUUUUUAUAGUAAUAGGCCUACUAUAUCUAGGUCUAGACUCUACUUAAAUCUAGUCUAAAAUAAUUACUGUCUAAGACUCUAAAUGAUUGAGACUUUCACAUAUAGCUGUUGUUAAUAAUACGGCAUGUCGGCUGAAAGUAAGCUGUAGGCCUAUACAAAGUAUACAUAUAUAAAGUGAUUUUUUAAAAAAUAAUAACAGAUGAUGUACUUAGUGAUAGAUUGCCUAACUUUCAACUACUAAUAAAUUAACAAUUAACGUUGAAAUACAAGAAAAGUAAUAAUUUUUCCCGACAUUGAAAAAAGGUGCCGGUACCCCCGUACCGGUGCGUACUGUCACAAAAAUAUUUGUAUAUCUCAAUCUUCUUUCAUUUAAUUUUUAAUCUUCUUUCAUUUAAUUUUUUUUUUUUUUUGAGGUCUUAUUGCUCCUUAAUACAUUGAUACCGGAUCGAUUCAUAUAGGGCCUAAGUAUACAAGCAGGAUCUCGAGCAUUGGAUAAAUUUAUUUUUUUAAAUACAAAGUUUUAUGGAAGAGGCAAUAUAUUAGUUGUUUGAAGAUUGUAACUUCUUAAAUUCAGGCUAAAAAUAUCGAAGCCUACAUUUGUACACUCAUUGCUAAACAAUUAGAAGAGAUGGAAUGACUGAUAGUGUAGCUUGUGUACAUCUGCAAAAACACAAACUCUCUUUGUAAUCUUAUCAGUUAGACUUUCAAAACUAUUAAAAAUAAAAAUUAUUGAUUAUUUUUACUGUAUAAUUCUAUUAUUAUUCCUUUUUAGAAAAAAAAUUUGCCAUAUGACUUUGUCUAACAUUUUAAAAAAAUGAAACUUAGGUCUAUUUAUGCAGUUAUUUAUAGUUACCUAGUAAUAUAAAAUAUAUUGAACUAACACGUACAUUCAUCAUAAUGCGGCCAUACGAUUUUUCGUUUAUAAACAUAGCAUUAUUUAGGACCAAUAUUUUACAAAGGCUGCUUGGAGAAAUCAGGUAUACCCAUUAGGAGAAAAAACGACCCCUUUACUCAAGAAAAAUUUAAGAAACUAGAACAGACACAAAAUAAACAGUGACAUUCAUAACAAACUAAUAUUCAAAAUUGAUUAGAGUAACACCUUUUUAAGUAAUCAUUUAAAGUUUAAAGUCAAUACAAUUUUUUUCAACAAUUAUUUUGUGUAUGAAAUUGUGUAUCGGAAAAUGCCGGGUACUUGAAAUAAGCUAGUCCUAAAAAAAACAACACAGAUCUUGGGUAAAAUAGUCAUCAAAUAAAGUACUGUAAAUGUGUAGUUUCAAGCGCAAGUUUCAGGUCUUUUAUUUUUAUAGCCUCUAUCGGGUUAUAUCCCAACUACCCGUAUUUUUGUGCAGAAUGUUUUUCUCUAUCAGGCACACAUAAACUUAUAGUAUUGUUAUAAACCUGGUGGAGGCACAGAUGGGGGUAGUGGUGGGUGUGUGGUCAGCCGACGCAAAUCGCCCCAGGCCAGCGCUAGACGAGCGUUCAACCGUGACGAGUUACGACGAUCGUCCGAGACGAGUAUCAACAUGAUGGUUCGGGAAGGAUCGACGCCGUGAACAGAGCUCAGGAGCGUCACGAGGGUUGUAGUCAUCUGACACCCAGAAUGGUCGAGCGACGUUCUGUCCGUUUCUAGAAGGCCAGUAGGGACCCUAUAUAAAGAGCGAAGGUAUCAGAGACGAGUGAGUCACAACUUCCCGAUCUACAGUUCGUUACAACGGCUCAGUACAAGUCCGAGGCGAGACAGAGAGAGACCAGUGCAAGAGUUGAUACGACGGAGAGAUAUUUGUACAGUCUUGUGUUACGUGCUGCCAAUUGUACAGUAUUGGCUGUUAUUUGUUGACAUUAAACUAUUACUAUUACGUUAUUUUGAAGCCCAGAGUUGUCAAGUUCUUUAAGUUGGUGGUGUCUGGUGCAGUUUGCAGAGAGCCUGGAUAGCGAGAUUCGCAACACUGGUGUCAGAAGUGGGAUCCUUUUCUUCAUGGCUCCUAUGAAAACGCUCGACCAACUCCUUGUGAAUGAACUGAAGCGAGAGCUACGUGAUCGAGGGCUGAAGACAAGUGGAAAUAAGGAAACAUUACAAGCACGCCUUCGGGAGGACCUGGUGGAGGAUGAAGCAGAUCCGGACACGUAUCUUUUUAAAGUCGAACCAGAUAUAGAAGAGCUCUUGAGCUCUAUGCUAGGAAACACCAAUUCAAAGAUAGAUGCCAUGGACACCAAGGUAGACGCCAAGAUAGAUGUCAUGGCCUCGGGAAUCAAAACCGAGUUAUUGGCUAUGAACCAACGCUUACAUGCUGUGGAGGAGAGAAUCACCACCAUUGACGAACAGAUGAAUCAGAGGGUCGACGCAGUGGAGAAGGCAAUCGAAGAAAUGAAAACGCAAGUUCACUGUAAGAACACUAAUGCACCGGAAACAAGUAUGACGUCAUUUGUGCAUGAAAGCUCCGGAAAAAUGAAGCCCCCCGUAUUUGAUGGUUCCGUGUCCUGGUCAGUGUACAAGAAGCAAUUUGACGCAGCGGUUAACAAAUGGAACAGCGAGGAGGAGAAAGCAACUGCCCUUGUGUUAUCUCUAAGAGGAAAGGCCUCCGAAUUGCUUCAGUCCUUACCGAACCAGCAAGACUUCGCUGCUCUGGUACAGGCUAUGGAACUCCGAUACGGGGAUGAACAUCUGCAAGAAGUAUAUCGUGUGCAACUAAAGACCAGACAACAGCGCCCCAUGAAACACUACAGGAGCUAGAGACAGACAUCGAAC